AUGGUUGGCCUAGGGCCGAGUGAUCAAGGACGUGAUUCCUUUGAUGUGUGUAUGGUGGCACGUGAAAUUACACCGAGUGCGGUCGGCCGUGAGAGCACCGCACUGAAUGUCGGUAAUGACAUUUUUGGCCAUAUGCCAUUUAGUGUGGGCGGCCGUGAGGGCACCACGCUUAACGCCGGUAAUGGCGUUGUUGGCGAUUCGCCAUGUUGUGUGGGCGGCCGUGAGGGCACCACAACUAAUGUCAGUAAUGAUAUUGUUGGCGAUACGCCGUAUAGAGUGGACGGCCGUGAGGGCACCACGCUUAACGCCGGUAAUGGCGUUGUUGGCGGUUCGCCAUAUGGUGUGGGCGGCCGUGAGGGCACCACACCUAAUGUCAGUAAUGACAUUGUUGGCGAUACGCCGUAUAGCGUGGGCGGCCGUAAGGGCACCACACCUAAUGUCUGUAAUGACACUGUUGGCGAUACGCCGUAUAGUGUGGACGGCCGUGAGGGCACCACACCUAAUGUCGGUCAAGACAAAAGCUCUCGUGUAGAGCGUACCAUGGUUGGUAGUAACCAUGGGGAUAAUAUUGUCCCGACCCCUAAGGGGUGUAAGGUCUCGAAGAGACAAUCGAGACGCCGAGUAGCAGCUGUAAAGCGCCAGGCGUCCUCAUAG